AUGCCUGGAAUUCCUCUGCACGCCCUUGAUAACCUCAAGGCCAAGCUCAAGGCCGCCUUCAAGAAGAAGGAUAACAAGGAGGAAGCCAAACCCGCCGACCCCAAGCCUGCUGAGACAAAGCCUGCCGAUACCACAGCUGCCGCCGAGCCUACCAAGACCGAGGCUGCUCCUCCUGCUCCCGCCACUGAGCCAGCUCCUGCAGCUGAACCCGCUGCCCCUGCAGCCGAACCAGCUAAGGAGGAGGCCAAACCCGCAACUGAGGUCAAGCCUGAGGCUCCCGUUGCUGCUGCUGAGCCAGCCAAGACCGAGGAGCCAGUUGCUCCUCCUGCGACUGAACCCGCCAAGCCCGACGCUGCUCCGGCCACCGAAGCUCCCGCUCCCGCUCCCGAGCCUGCCAAGACCGAGCCCGCCCCGGCUGCUGCCCCCGCUGCCGCAACUGCUCCUGUCGUCGAGACUCCAGCUCCCGCCCCAGCUGCUGCCGAGACUACACCCGCGGCCCCUGCUGAGGCUCCCAAGGAGGAAGAGAAGAAGGAUACUCCUCCUGCCCCUGCUCCUGCCCCUGUGGCCUCUGCUUAA